CGCAGACUCACCAUUGAAUCGCUCCUGCCUGUCUACCGUCGCGGUUCAUUUGAGUUAACAAACUAACAAGUCUACGGAGGUGUUUCGGUUUAGUUUUUGCAAGGGGCCUUUGGACAGAUAAGUUUGCUUUAUGUAUCCGUGUAGGUUAUGGAACUUUACGAGCAUUUAGUCCCACCCACAUAGCGGCGAAGUGAUUCAAGUUUCACACCGCGAUAUACAAUCCCAUCCCACAAAAUACUAUAGGCCGUUAUGAAUGCACCGGUAGAACAUGUCUUGGUGAGUCGUUGCGCACUCUACGCAGUCAUCAUGUUACUCACAUAUUUUGGUUUGUUGUAACCGGUUUAUCGGUCUUUUGUUACGAUGCAAAACUGAACGGUUUUCGUUUCUACAAUUCCGCGUCAGACAUCGACAGCGACAAAGUUCACAAAUAAGCACAUCAGUAAUAUUAUGAAAAUGGAUUUUACGUUCACGAUGGAUCUUAGCACGAUUCACGAUGGAUCUCAGCGGUGAAUAGCUGCGUUGAUUUUCAUUGUUGUAUAAUCUGUACUGAUGGAAAACGGUAUUGAAAUGUCCCCAAAAAAUUCUGCGACAGUUACCCCCGGGAAUGUGGCCUUAAAGGUUGAUGAAACGCCAAAAGAUGCUGACACCUUGUUUUUCACGGAUGGAAAACGGCGAGUAGAUUUUGUGCUGGUAUACCAAACUGGAUCGCGAUCGAUCGACAGCCGUCGCGCUUUGCGUCGGACCAAUUUUGAGGAGCACAUGAAGAAAGAAGGACUGGAAUUGGAAAUUGAUACUAAACCUUUACCCGGCCAUCUUAUACCCGGACUGGACACCAUAAACAGCAAACUGCACAUUGACCGACUGCGAGCUGGACCAGCCGCCGAGCCGAAGCUGGAUGUGCCUCCAACGCUGUGUUUUAUUAAAAUCCACGGAACAUGGGACAUGAUGACGAAAUAUGCAGAUUUUUUAAAAUUAAAAAUGCCUCUUAUUAAAGGAAACGAGAACCUGCAAGACGAUGAGCUGCUACAUUAUUUUCCUAAUCCGUUUCGAGUUGAUCGCGAGCUUCUUCCGCCCAUGCAGGAACAGUUUACAUCGUUCUUCUCCAAAGCCAGGAUGGACCAAUUCAACAUCAGCGACGAAGAUAGCUUUUUCUCAGCCGGUCAACGAAGCCGGAUUGUCUGGGAAUGUUUGUCAAGAAUACGCUACGAUGAAGGCAACCCCACAAAAUUUGGAAUUCAGCGUCUCUUGGCCAACAACACAUUUAUCGCCGCUUUCCCACUACAUGAUGGACCAUGGGAACGGACGCCAAAACAAAAACCCACGAAUAUGCGAGCGAUUCUGUAUGAUCAGUGGGGACGCUUCACUAAUUGGUUUAAAAUCCAGCCUAUUGAUUAUGUAAAAGUCUAUUUCGGCGAGAGACUGGCAUUCUUUUUUGCUUGGAUGGAAUUCUACACCGCCAUGCUCAUACCUCCGUCUGUUGUGGGAUUGGCAUGUUUCAUCUACGGAGUGGCAUCUCUGUCAAAUGAUCCCGUCUCGAACUCUAUUUGUUAUGACCCUUUCAUUGGCAAUACGACAAUGUGUCCACUGUGUGAUAAAUGGUGUCCUUUCUGGAAACUCAAGGAAUCGUGCGCGCUGGCUAAAGCUACAUAUUUAUUCGACAAUUCGGCCACCAUGUUUUUUUCGGCGUUUAUGGCGCUAUGGGCGAUGGUGUUUCUGGAAUUAUGGCAGCGACGUCAGUCUGUUUUAGCGUGGAAUUUUGAUACACUGGAUGCCUUUGAACAAUACGAGCCGGUUCGACCGGAACUGGGAAUGCGGGUCAAACAAGUACGGCUGAACCCGGUAACGAAUACGGAAGAACCGUAUGUGCCACGCUGGAAGCGACUGGGCAAUUGUUUCGUAUCCACAUCGGUCAUCGCCUUUAUGAUGUUUGUUGUGUUGGCCGCGGUUUUUGGUACAGUAGUGUACCGAAUGCUGGUGGUCGUCGCCCUUUACGCCACCAGCAGCACACGGCAGACCUUUGCAAGCCAGUACGCCACGUAUAUAACCUCCAUCACGUCGGCACUUCUUAACCUUAUUGUUAUUCUUAUUCUGGAAAAGAUUUAUUAUCGUCUGGCCAAGUGGUUGACCGAAAAUGAGUGUCCAAGAACGCAAACCGAAUACGAAGAGAGUCUGACGUGGAAAUAUUACAUAUUUGAAUUUGUCAAUUGUUACAGUUCUCUGGUUUAUGUGGCGUUUUUCAAAGGCCGCGUUCCUGCUGGAACGCCGGGUUCUAAAGGAUGGUUUAACAUUCCCGUCGAUCAAUGUGAUCAAGCAGGAUGUCUGAUUGAAUUAUGCAUCCAAUUAGCCGUGAUCCUUUUGGGUAAACAAGUAUACUCCAUACUACGCGAAGCAGCAUUUCCGGUCAUCCACAAUUGGUGGUCCAAUCAGGACAUCAUCAAGUUUUUCUCUCAUGUUCGACGGUUUUAUCGAUGGGAAAAAGAUUUUCAGUUGCGACCUUUCCCGGCUCUCAUUAUGUUCAAAGAGUACACUAGGAUGAUUCUGCAAUUUGGAUUCAUGACAACAUUUGGUGUGGCGUUUCCACUGGCACCGCUCUGCGUUCUACUUAUGAACCUGUUUGAAAUACGUUUUGAUGCCUACAAAAUUCUGGUUCUGUAUCGCCGUCCAGUUCCACAAAUCGCCAAAAAUAUCGGCGCGUGGUUGAAAAUCUUGCAACAUCUUGCUCAGUUCUCCGUUGUUACCAAUGCCUUUGUAAUUGCCUUCACUUCCGAAUUCGUGCCAAAAGUUGCCUACAAGCUGGCCUAUUCACCGGAUGGGACAAUGCGCGGUUAUGUGCCAUGGAGUUUGUCUGUGUUUUCCGUGGCGGAUUUUCCGCCGGAUGUGGGACCGCAGCCGGACAUUUUGCCUGCCAAUUCAACAUCAUUUUGUAGCUAUCGGGAUUUUCGCAAUGGACCACAGGAGGGGGAUUAUCGAUAUUUUUAUAACAUGACAUUUUGGCAUAUUUUUGCCGCCAGACUGGUGCUGGUUUUAGUAUUGGAGCAUUUUAUCCUCAUCAUUACCAGGAUAAUCGCCUACAUGGUACCUGAUCUGCCUUCCUGGCUGCAUGCCAAAAUUCUCAGACAAAACUUCCUUGCCAAAGAAGCAUUCUGCGAGUCGGAAGCCAGAAAGAAAUACUCGCAACCCGGAAUGCCCCUAAAAAAUGCCGCCACUCAGGAUUCACUGGGAUCUUUCCAGGAAGAUCAUUCCCUGUAUCCAAAGAUGAACAACUUAUCUGAUGGCGCUGUGUGAAUGCACUGAAUGGUGUGGGGUCAGCACUCCGAAUUGGCAGCUUACCUAACGAAGAUUUGGAAGUCAAUGAUCUCAUUUUGUGAUUCUUUUUCCCGGCGUCUGGAGGUGUAUUUGAUGCAAGGACUGAUUACGAUUGGCAGAUCUGCGGCGCUCUUGCUGACCUAACUUUUUCUGUAAUCCGAAUCAAUUUGUACAUUUUGUUUUUCCGGAUUUUUGAAUUUUUACUGUGUGGAUUUAGGUACUUGAAAUAUUUAAAGUAUUGCUCGUCGAAAUUAAAAUUUACAGCAUAAAAAACUUUAAA